GUUGCACUAAGUGCUGGCGCACUCAAGAGAAGAAACAGCAGCGAUUCUUAGCUGGCUGUGACGGAGGGUAUGCAUUUUGAGGACGAAGGUGCGUUGGACCAACAGAGAGGUUUGCAGGAGAGUCGCUAUGUUUCCUGCCACAGCUGCUGAAACAACUGAGUGAACCCGAUCCCAUGUAGUAGGGCCGCUAAGCUGUGCAUGCGAAGUGCAUGUCUCACUACCUGUGCCGCUUUGCGGCGUUGCAGGCCUGCCUCACGAGCAGUGCCGGCUUAGCCUGGGGGACUCGUGACUUUUCGAAAACCUCCGCACUCCACCUGAAAAAAGUCGAGUCCACCUCCAACAGUCGGCGUGCAAACUCGUUCCUGGCCCGGAAAGCAGCAAGAAAAAUCGUCUCGGAUCCAAUUGCUAAGAUCAAUGCCGUGGAUUUUGGCUCCACGGUGCAAGUGACGCUUGUAAAUGCAGAGACCGGCGCGAGCGUCCCGAUCACACUGCAGAUGGCGUACUCGCUUCAGCAACACACAAGGGGGCUUAUGUACCGGACGAAUCCUCUGACUGAAUCAGAAGGCAUGAUAUUCGUGUAUCCACAGGAAGGGCAUCGGGUAAUAAUAUUGUUAGAAAGCAAGAACAUUGAAGAUUACAGUCAUGUUUUUCAGGAAUUUAUUGUGCCCGAGCUUUCUAGAUACAUAAGAUGCUUAUUGGGUGGACAAAGUUGCGUUUCGCAGAAAGCCACGUCAACAUCAAAACCCUUACUGCGCCAGGUUUUCUGGAUGAAGAACACGGAAAUUCCGAUGGAAGCUACCUGGUGGAACGCGAAGGGUGAGCUGGUCGAGAAGCCCACAGCCAUGGAGCCACUAACGCUGGACUAUCACUGGUCGACCUCUCACAAUGUGCAGUUCGGGAUCGAGCUGGCGCCUGGUUUUUUGGAGAACAAAGGGCUGGACGCACCAGGACAGACGAAGAUCGAAGACAUGAAGCCGGUUCUCGACGAGAUUCAGCUGCGCGGGGGCCUCACUGCAUCGAAUCAAUAUUUCUGAGCUCCGGAGGUCGGAGCGAGGGUGUAGGGGGCUCUAGUUCCCCCUCCGCUCAAAAACUGAUUCCUCACUUUUUUCUAAAAUUAAAGUCACUGAAUGAACAGAAGCGAAACUAAUAGAACGCUGAUUCGCUGCUUCGCGGGCUCUGUCGAAUUUUCAACCGUUUCCGAGAAUUUUCCGUUUCGCCUUCAGUAAAGUCUUAGAAGACUAGCACC